AUGACUGAACAGACAAGUGAAGUUGGUCACCUCAAGAUUCGAGCUUGCUUGCUGCUGGUGUGCCUAUGGCAAUGGACACAGCAAGCUCUGGCAACACCUUGCCAGGAUGGUGAACUGAGAAUAAUCAGUAAAGAUGAGAAGAAAUGCUGCCCCAAAUGCAUCUUAAACGCAGACAACAGCACAUGUCAAAAUAUUGAGGACCAUGAGUGCAAAUGUCGUCAGGGAUACAGCUGUAUUGAUCGCUCAUGUCUCUACUGCAAAAAACUGCCUGAAUGUGCAGAGGGCGAGGAGCUGGUUAAGCUUGGCAUUUUAGACUUCACAUUCAAAUGUAAACCAUGUGGGAUAGGAACCUAUUCUAAUGUUAAAAAUGGCUGGUGCCGUAACUGGACUGAUUGUGAAAGUUCUGGGUUUCUAACAAUCAAGCAAGGCAACAGUACACAUAAUGCAAUAUGUGGUUUCCCUGCUAAAGAUUUGGAGCAAGCUCCUAUUACAAAUGACUCUCUAUACACCACCAUCCUGGCCAUCCUUACUGCAGUGGCUGUAUUUGUUCUCAUCUUGCUGACCUUCUUCUUGCAUUUCUGCAUAUGGUCACUGAAGAAAGAAAAAUACCACACAGCUGAUGAUCUGGAACAUAACUUCCUUAGGCUGUCUGCGGCUCCACAGCUGUCACACCAUAGAGAAGAGACUUACAGCUGCCAGUUUCCAGAAGAAGAACAUGGAGACAAAACACCAGAAGAAAAGGCUUGCUAUUUCCACUCUCAGAAUCUACAAUGA